GUUCAGUUUCCGGUUCCUGAGUUGGGUCGGUAUUCCACAUGGAUUGCAAUUCUAUUUGAUUCAGGCAUAUUUUACCGAAAAUGUCUGCAAAAUUCAUCCCUCCGAAAAUUCAAGAUAACCCUAGUGGGUGGGGACCAUGUGCUGUUCCUGACCAGUUUAAAGACAUGCCGUAUCAGCCGUUUUAUAAGGCUGAUCGGCUUGGUAAAGCAUCAGACUGGACUGGAAGCACUUAUACUGACAAGCGAUACACUAAUCGUUAUCAGUCCCAGUUUAGCUCGGCUAACCAGUAUGCGUACUACCACGAAGAGGAUGAGAGCAGCUUCCAGUUGGUCGACACCUCUAAGGUUCAGCGGCCAAUGUACCAGCGUGGCAGAGGACGAUUCCAGCGACGUGACUUUAGACGAGAGAGGGAAAGGCGUGAUCAGAAAGCUGCCAAUAGCUUGCAAGUGCUAUCGAAAACCCAGAAGAGCAGGGAACGUGAUCGGCAGAGGCAGAUGAAAAAAUGGCAGAAGCAGUACGGCGUCAGGCAAAAGUUUGACAACAGGGGUCAGCAUGUGCUGUGGCUCGCUGGAGUACUACGACAAGCCGAUCGACCGCGUGAACACCAGGACAGAGCGCAAGCUGCAGCGCGUCAACCGCAUCUUCCACAAGGUCACGACCACCGACGACCCCGUCAUACGACAGCUGGCGAAGACGGAAGGCAACGUGUUCGCUACGGAUGCGAUCGUCGCUACUCUGAUGACGUGCGCUCGCUCGGUCUACUCCUGGGACAUCGUCGUACAGCGGGUCGGUAAUAAACUCUUCUUCGACAAGCGAGAGGAUUCUGAGUUUGUACCUCAUCUCAAGGAUCCAAACAAGCCUGUCAUCCGUAUCUACGACAUCCCUGACAACACGUUUGAUUCGGAUGAGGACGAUGACGAUGAUGAUGACGAUGAUGAUAACGAUGCGGAUGAAGACGAGUGAUCCGUGGAAGAUUAGUGGGCGAAGCGUCGCGUGCCCCCGGCUGGACAGAUGUACUAGAUCUUCGUUCAUCUAGCACAGGAAGUAUGAUUUACUGACAACAACAAAAAACAGGCGUCGGUGUUCUAUGCUGUGGAAACUAUAGGGUUUUUAUCAUUCGGAAUUUUAUCUCUGCUUACGUAUGAAGACCCUUUGUUAAGUCUGAUCACAAUCUUGCAUCCAGUAAUAUUAACAAUAAUACGUGCAACAUGAGGGUAUAUAUUGGUUGAGUUUGUUAGUGCCAGUUCUGGACUUCAAUGGGUGAGGUUAAUAAUGGCGGAAUGUUAGCGAAUUGAUGAAGUGUGCAUGGGAAACCAUAAUACCAGACUACAGUCUAGGAUUGUAACCAGCAGGGUUUAUGCUAAAUGGGAAAUCUCUUGUUGCAUGUGUUGUUGUUAUCAAUUAUGAGAUAAUGCAUAUUUAUAUAUUUUAUAAAUGUUAUUUCUGCUACUUUCCAUCUUGAUUAACGUUGUGGUUUGCUACAAUGCAAGUGUUUCAGCUAAAUAAUUAAUAGGCGUAUGGAUAUUUUUGUUUGCAUGAUUAGGGAAAGGCUGCCUGUCGUAUAAAUUUGUAAUAUUAUUAUACAUCAAAUCGUAUACGACAAAUAUAUACACAUAACAUUUACAGAGGUGGUCUGUGUGAAAUGUUAUUGAGCAACAUUUAGGCGCAUUGUUGUGGGGUUUGAGUAUGCAAAAAGUAUUUGUUCAAAAAGAGAUUGUAUGAGAAUUAGGAACGAGAAUAAAACUUGAAAUUAUCAGCCUGUA